CCUUACUUAAGCCAGAAUUGAAACAGUACGUACACAAGCUUGCGACUCGGCCCACUUCUCUGUGGAUUGUCUGCCGCUGUUGAGAGCUGUCCAGUUCGAGCUGUUGAAGUCCAGUGUGCGGCAUCUCGACGACACUCGUGGCGCGCACCAGUUCGUUACGCACGCCCGACUUCAAUAUCACCAGAAACGGCCAAUUGGCCACACUCAACCCUUCGAUCGUUCCCAAGUUCUUGUUGCGUCCAAAUCACAGACGCAUCCCUCAAAAUGCACUUCCUUCGCUCCCUCCUAGCGGGAACCUUUCUCGCUGCCGGAGCCUUUGCAGCCAAGAAGACCCCCGAAGAACGAUUCAACGAUUUCCACGCAAAGGCCCUGACUUCAUCCCCAAUCAAGCUCGCCGACACUAGCUACAAGUCUUUGACUUCUGCUCCCCGCGAUUACACCGUUGCAGUACUCCUGACUGCUCUCGAGAACCGAUUCGGCUGCCAGUUGUGCCGAGAGUUCCAGCCGGAAUGGGAUCUUCUGGGUAAGACCUGGACCAAGGGCGACAAGAAGGGCGAGUCGCGCCUUCUCUUCGGUACUCUCGAUUUCUCUGAUGGCCGUGAGGUCUUCAUGUCGCUCGGCCUCCAAACCGCCCCCGUCCUGCUCUUGUUCCAACCCACCAUCGGCCCUCACGCUGUUGCUGCCGUCGAUCCUCUACAAUAUGACUUUACCAGCGGACCUCAGUCUGCUGAGCAGGUCCAUGCCUGGCUGUCGAGACACCUUGCUGACCGACCCCACCCUCCGGUGAAGCGCCCGAUCAAUUGGAUGCGAUGGAUUUCUAGCAUCACCAUCGUCCUUGGUCUCGGCACUGUCCUCGUCACUGCCUCGCCCUACAUCCUUCCCGUCAUUCAGAACCGCAACUUGUGGGCCGCCAUCAGUCUCAUUGCCAUUCUGCUCUUCACCAGUGGCCACAUGUUCAACCAUAUCCGCAAAGUUCCCUACGUUGCUGGAGAUGGCCGAGGCGGUAUCAGCUACUUCGCCGGUGGUUUCCAGAACCAGUUCGGUUUGGAGACCCAGAUCGUUGCUGCUAUCUACGGUGUCUUGGCUUUCUGUGCCAUCUCUCUCACCGUCAAGGUGCCUCGCAUCGGCGACAAUAAGAGACAGCAGGUUGCUGUGUUGGCCUGGGGUGGUGUUCUGUUCAUCAUGUACAGCUUCCUUCUCAGCGUUUUCCGUAUCAAGAACGGCGGCUACCCCUUCUCUCUGCCUCCUUUCAUGUAA